AUGAUUAUCAAAUUACCUGUUAUUUCUUUCCUCAUCUUCCACCAGAUAUCUCAAUGUCAUGCAAGGGGCAAGCGCAUUGAUAUUUUCACGCAAGAUGGCGGGGAUAUGGUUCAACUGAAAGGCCGAAACCAUGGUGCUCGUUUCAGCAAAGAUGUCAUGUACAAUGCUCUACCACGAAACUCACAAUAUAAAUGGAAUACUUACCCAGUUGCUAAUAAUAAUUAUGUGAUACCAUAUAGAAUAACAGGAGCCUAUGAUGAACUUGAAAAAGCCACAAUAGCUGAAGCUAUUGCUCGCAUAGAGAACAACACGUGCUUAAAAUUCAAGGUGAGAACGAACGAGCAAGACUUCAUCGAUAUCCAGAAUGAACGCUACGAAGGUUGUUAUACAAGUGUUGGUCGAGUUCCAGGAAUCAACAUCCUCAUGUUGGAAUCUAACGAAGCUGCCACAUGUAUUGAAACUGAUAUCGUCAUGCACGAGUUGAUGCAUAGUAUCGGUUUAUGGCACGAACAUAUGCGGUACGACAGAGAUGAUUACAUCACAGUUCUAUUUGAAAACAUCGAGGCUCCAUAUAAAAGUCAGUUCGAUAAAGUUACCGAAGAAGAAGCAACUACUUUCAACGUUCCUUAUGAUUACACUUCUGUGAUGCAUUAUGCUGAAACCGCUUUCGCCAAGAAAGAUAAAAUCAGUAUGAGAACGAAGGACCCCAAGUUUCAAAAAGUUAUCGGCCAUCAACGAGAUGCUUCUCCAAGCGAUUAUCAAAAAAUCUGUUUGUUGUAUGGUUGCGAUAAAUGUAUGGGCCGUGACUUCAAUGAACAGACUGUGUUGACGAGAGGCACAGACGAGUCUCAGACAGAUAACUCUGGUGUAGGUUUACCACCUGUAACAAUGCCAGAAGACAAUUUCUUCGAGAAUAUAGAUUGUACUGAUGUCUUUGAAACUUUAUGCCCAGCUCUGGUCCAAAAUAGAAUCGUCAAAUGUAGCGCGAGCGGAGACGACACCUACAGUGCAUGUUGUGCCAGCUGUUCUCGACAACGCGAGUCAAAAAGUGCUGGGACAGAUUCAUCAAAGGGAAUUCUACAAUCGCUCAUUGAUAUGAUCGGAUAA